CAGGAGGUGACGUGUGAACCGGGACCCAGCGCGGCGGCAGCAACCUCUCUCCGCCCCUCCAGCGACAUGGACCCCCGGACGACGCCGGCCCGGGCGUUCGUGCUCCUCCUGUUCCUGCACCUGUCGCCGCCAGGCUGCCAUUCCUCCCCGCUACGUGGCCCCGGCCCGGCCCCGGGACUGCGCGGGAUACAGGAGCUGCUGGGCCGUCUACGAGGCAGGGUCUUGGAGCUGCAGGCCGGGCAGAUGGACCUGGACCCCCUCCAGCAGGGCCACGGCGUCGCAGAAGCCUGGGAGACGCGGGCGGCCGCCCCCCCGGGGCUCCUCGGGCCCGGCAACAGCGUCCUCCAGGCCCUGCGGGGAAUACGCAGCCCCAGGAUGACGCGCGACUCCGGCUGCUUUGGGCGGAGGCUGGACCGGAUCGGCUCCGUCAGCGGCCUGGGCUGCAAUGUGCUGAGGAGGUAUUAAGAGAAGGUCCCGGCUGCAUCGGAUUCUCCCUCAACCCCCUGCUCCCCUUUGAAGCGACUCCUAUUUAUUUGUACUUAUUUAUUUAUUUAUUUGGUUGUUUUAUGUGAGAUGGUUCUUAUCUUUGAGCACAAAUUUUCCACGAUGAAAUAAAGUCAAUAUUAUAGCU